CCCGGCCCCGCCACCUCUCCUCCCUCCAGCCAAGUCUGCUGCAGGUCCUGACACCCAAGCUACCCCAGAGCCCAUAAGCAGGAUGCCAGGGCUCAUUAACCGGACAAGCAGCUCCCCCCUCCCACUCACAGCCUCCGAGGUCACCUCUUGCGUCAGUGGCUAUGCCUUUGGGAUGACCGCCUCCCUGACCUACGGCAACCCGGAGGCCCAUCCUUUUGAAGGUCUCUUUGUCUACCCACUGGAUGAGUACACCACCGUGGUUGGGUUCGAAGCUGUUGUUUCCAGGCGGGCUGUGACCGUGCAGAUCAAAGACAAAGCCAAAAUAGAUGACUGUUACUUGGACUGCGGGAGCCUCCCCAGUGGAAGAGCGCAGGAUGGCAGCGGAAGGAUCGUGCUGGAUGAGGAUUUGGAGCGAAUCGCUUUUGUGGCUAACCUGGGCAUGAUCCCUCCGCUGAAAAGCGUGUCCGUCUUCAUCAGCACCUCCUCGGAGCUGCAGACUCUUCCGAGCGGUGCCGUGAGGGUCCUUCUCCCAGCCGUAUGCGUCCCCAAGGUGCCCCAGUGCGGCAUGGAAAGCACCAGCCUCUCUGGACAUCAGCUCCGAGCAGAUGGACAUUCCUGCGGAGCUGGGAGCCCGGAUCCGGCUAACAAGUUCUGUCUGGCCCACCUGCUGGAGAGUGAGGCCACCAACCCCACUGAAUACGAGUUCAGCUUCCACCUGGAGAUCCGGGGGCCCUGUGUCCUCGCAGGAGUCGAAAGCCCGACACACGAGAUCCGAGCUGACGCUGACCCCUCUGCCCGCUCCGCCAAGAGCAUCGUGAUCACGCUGGCCAACAAACACACUUUCGACAGACCGGUGGAAAUAUUAAUCCAUCCGAGCGAGCCCCAUAUGCCUCAUGUCUUGAUGGAAGAAGGUGACAUGACCCCUACAGCAUAUGAGCAACACCUGAAGGGGAGAAACGAUUUCAUUAAAGGGACCAAGAAGGACCCCAGUGCCGAGAAAAAAACGGAAAUCAUCAGGAAACGUCUCAACAAGGACAUCCCUCACCACCCAGUGAUCAUGCUGAACUUCUGCCCUGACCUGAGAAGCAGCCAGCCAGACCUCAGGAAAACCCAGGGAGAGUUUAUAUUUCUGAUCGACCGCAGUGGGAGCAUGAGCGGCACAAACAUCAGCCGCGUCAAGGACGCCCUGCUGGUCAUACUCAAGAGCCUGGCACCGGCCUGCCUCUUCAACGUCAUUGGAUUUGGGUCGACCUUUAAGACCCUCUUUCCUUCCAGUCAAACUUACUGUGAGGAGAGUCUGGCUAUUGCGUGUGAGAGCAUCAAGAAGAUCCGGGCGGAUAUGGGUGGCACCAACAUCUUAUCCCCUUUGAAGUGGAUCAUCCGGCAGCCCAUCCACAGGGGCCACCCGCGCCUGCUCUUCCUGCUGACCGACGGAGCGGUUAGCAACACCGGGAAGGUUAUUGAGCUGCUGCGGAACCACUCUUUCUCCACCAGGUGCUACAGCUUUGGCAUUGGGCAGAAAGCCUGCAGGAGGCUGGUGCGCGGGCUGGCUGCCGUGUCCAAGGGGAGUGCAGAAUUCCUGGCGGAGGGUGAGAGGCUGCAGCCAAAGAUGAUCAAGUCUCUGAAGAAGGCUAUGGCACCCGUCCUGAGCGAUGUAACUGUGGAGUGGGUCUUUCCUGAAACCACUGAGGUCUUGAUCUCCCCAGUCAGUGCCAGCUGUCUCUUCCCUGGCGACCGGCUGGUUGGGUAUGGCAUUGUCUGUGACACGUCCCUGUACAUCUCCAACCCCAGAGCUGACAAGAGGCGGCGCUACAGCAUGAUGCAUUCCCAGGAGUCAGGCAGUUCCGUUUUCUUUCACUCCCAGGAAGAGGGAGCUGGCUCGGAUAGCUGGAGCUAUCCCAAGGACUCUGAGGGGGGGGUCCCUUCAGAGCAGACCCCUGAUCUCUUGGUGGUUGGUGGAGAACCAAGGAGAGAAUCUGACCUAGAGACGGAGCUGGACCCUAAAUCGUCCUCCAGGCGAAGGGUGUACAGCACCAAUCAGAUUGCCAACCCCGAGCCUUUCAAGAGGGUCCCCACAGCCAGCGAUCCGAGCGCAGCCCUGGGGAAGAAUCCCCUUCGCAAAGCUCACAUACAGGAUCUGUGCCAACUCAGCCUGGAGCCACAGCUGUGGCCAGCGGAUUUCCAGCCUUUCACCACCAGCCCCUAUGUUGCCACCACACGGAUACGAGGCGCCGGCGCCAGGAGGCCCUCUCUGCUGCACCAGAGCUGCAUGUCGUUUUGUCAGGACGUGGACGGUCCCCACCCACAGGAUGGUCUUCAGCACAUGGUUCCAGGCAGGUGCCUGGGUCAGCCAGAGACCAGCUCUCUCCUGAGAUCCUCCUCGGGAAGCCGGAGCCCUGGGGAUCAGGAAUCUGCCCAGCACCCUUCCUUUGCCUUUGAAACAGAGACUUCGUCAGACUGGGAUCCCCAAGAUCUUGAUCUCAGCUCCUCCAGGGGGUGCCCGCGCUCCCCCAGGGCCACCUGCAAGGCGGUGGUGAAGGGGUUAAGGAGUAAUGAGCCUGUCCAGUGGGAAAUCACCUUUGACAUCCGGCCUCUGUUCCAAGACAGAGAGAGCUGUGAGAACAGCGAAGGAGAUCUGUGGAACGAGACCUUCCACCACUUGGCGGCCAAGUCCAUCAUCCGGGAUUUCGAGCUGCUGGCCGAGAAGGAAUGUGAAAUCGAACACGGGUCUGGGAGGCGGUACCAGGUAAACGCUGUGCAGACCAGCAGAGCCUGCAAUGUCAUCAGCAAGUACACGGCCUUUGUCCCGGUGGACCUGAGCACCAGUGGCUACCUGCCAACCGUGGUCGAAUAUGCCAAUGCAGGGUCAGCAUUCAAACAAGGUGGCCAACGGAGCUCAGGCUCAGGAAGCAGAAGGCACCGAGUCUUCUCCGUCGGACUCGGACGCACCCAGUCGACUUGUGGCCAGGAUGGCGCAGACGAUGGAUUUUACAGCAUGAAUGCAGAUGAGAACAGCCAAUCGCCAAGCAGUACACCCGCCUCUUCCGGCUGGGAGCGCUACAGUGUCCCAGAAGCUCCGCUGCAGAGUCCGUCUGCUUCCUCUGCUCACUCCCAGAAGUCCAUUGAUACCCUUUUUUCUGCCAGAUUGACCCUUCAUAAAACGAGACUGCUGACUCGAGCAGCCAAAGGUUUCAUGAGUAAAUCCCCAAGUCGGGUGAAUGAACCCAGCUCUGAGAGCAGCAAUGAAAACAUUGACUACCUACCCCUGGUGUCUCUGCAGUUGGCCUGCGGUGCCUUCCUGCUGAACCCGGCGUUCUGCCACGCAAUCAGCAUUCCCAUGGAGAAGCUGAAGUGGACAUCUCCAUUCACCUGCCACCGGAUGGCUCUUAGCCCCUCCGCCAGCUCCUACAACGCUAAGAAGUCAGGCCCACCUUGGGAACCCAAGAGCCCUGGAUGCAGCCGGCAGCUGCUGGCACCGAACGACAUUCCUAGAGAGAGCUCCUCAGACAGCGACUUCACUCCCGGUGCAGCACUGAACGGCUAUGGCGAGGCUACGGGAGACGCAGGCCGGCCUCGCCACUUCUCUGGCAGCGCAGUGGAAAGCCUGUCAAAGGCCCUGAAAGCUGAGAACGAACUCUCACCCCCUGCCAUCACCAUCCGCCGCUUCUCCUCCCCCGAGAGCACCCAGUCCCCUUGGGAGCCGCAGAGCGACAGUGGCAGAGGCUCGGAGUCCAACAGCUCCGAGCUGCAGUCUCUGCUCUUUGACAUCGAGCUGCACCAGUGGGCUGAGCCAGAGGGGAUGCUCUGGGCCACAGCAGUCGCCCUGGCCUGGCUGGAGCACAGCUCAGCCUCCUACUUCAUCGAGUGGGAGCUGGUGGCUGCCAAGGCCAGCAUGUGGCUGAGCCAGCAGGAGUUCCCAGAGGGCCGGAGCCUGGGGACCGUCAAGGCUGCAGCCCGCCAGCUGUUUGUUCUGCUCAGGCACUGGGAUGAGAACCUCGAGUUCAACUUGUUGUGCUACAACCCCAACAACGUGUAGGAAGGGGGAGUGUGAAAGGGGGGAGUCAGGCAGCCAGCUGAGAGAGCCUCUGGGGGACAGGGACUGGUCCUUAAAGAAACACAGUCUAAUGGCGAGCUCCACCACUACCGUGCCAUGCCAGGCACCUUUAUUAGGACAAGCCUUUCUGCAGGCCAGAAAACAACCAAGGUCAUUCAAAUCCCAGCACUAAACAAUUAUUAUUCUUGUUGUUGUUUAAGCAGGGUAUGAUUCACCUGUAGCACUCUCUGCUGCAGGAUGUUAUUAAGGUCAAUAUCUAAAUGAAAGGAUUAUUCAUUUCUGUGAAUAGGAAUAGCAUCUCCAGUUACACGAGGUACUAGGCACCUUCCCUUCAGGCUGGGCUUCAUCUGAUCACCAGCACCAGUCCUAGAAAGAGAAUCCAAAACCUUCAUUCAACCAUCUCAUCCUUCACAGUUCACCAUCCAGCCAAGCCCUUCCCUUUUCACCCAGUCACCAUCAAUCCUACGUUCAUCUUUUCACCCAGAGCAUUUCCAGCCGUGAUUCAUCAUUCCCCAGUCUCCAUCUAGACUGCGUUAUCGUGAAGAUUAACAUGUGUCUCUUGUCUCAGGGAUUUUGUGUUUGAGCAGCUGCUCUGCCUCAUGGGUCAAGGUUACAGGAGAUCCAGACUGCGGCCAAGCAGCUUAAGAUGGAACAGCAACUCUGGGGAUGGGGAAAACAAUGGAGUGAAUUGCCAGGUCCUCCCAGAUCACUCAUCCUCUACAGCUGUGGAGUUGGACUGGGAUUUUCAAAGGGGCCUACAGGAUAUAAAUACCCAAAUCCUACUAUAAUCCCACCUGGGUGCAUAACUCCCUUAGGCUUCUUUGGAUAGCCUGGUCUUGGUUCCAGAACAGUCUUACAGGUUGGUUUACAGCUGACAAUGUGCCCUAGAAUCUUUUGCAUGCAGAGUUGGGGUAGGCUGGGGCCAGACUGCACUGCCAGCAAGCAGCCGGAGGAAUGCAGGAGGUAGAUUAAAGCAAAUCUGUUCCCCAGGCACUUUCAGGCCCAGCGGAGCAGAACUAGUAGAAUGUACCUUGGAUAAGAGCAGUGAAAGCUUUUCAGUCCCCAUCGGUGCAUUGAGUACAUUCCUGCUAGAAGGGCAGCCUCCUGGGAGAGGCUGUAUCAGUGAUUAGACUGAUAUUACAUUUAAUCUGACCAAGAAGGUCUAGGCUUGCAUUGUAUCCAUGUCUUUAAGCCUGUGCCACUUUGUCCAGUGGCUUUGAAGCUUGUGUUCUUACACUUAGAUUUUCUGACCCUCAUGCAAAACAGCCUGCUGCUCCGUUGAGAGCUUCUGCUAGCCAUGCUUGUGGGUCAGGGGUUUGGUGGAGCUCUUUUGCCAUUGGACUGGCCACCUUUCCUCCCCGACCCUUCCCAUGCAGACUGAAUGCCACUUUCUUGUGUCUACUGCAGACAUGUUGCAUGACCUUUCAUCCUAUCUCCCCUCUUGAGUGUGUGGGCAAAGCUAAGCGCUGCCCAGCAUCCGUCUCUUGACUGCAUCUUUUGAACAGCUUGGAUUCUAUCAUCCUUCCUCUAGCCUCGCUGCUGAAUUUGUUUCCAUUCUCGCAGUGCUGUGUUUUGACUUGACUGCCAUACCCCAGCACAGCAUACGACAGGCAGCAUCUGUGGAUACCUGGCUCCAUGCUUCUUAAUACAAAGUGACAGCUGAUAGCAAAUUGAAUUGACAGACCCUUUUUUGACUCUAAUUACUCAGCAGGAACCGUUCUGAAUCAGUUAUUCAUAGUGGAAGGCAACUUUAAGCCAGAGACUCCAGCUCUCAACAGCGUCACCAGAACCGGUCCCAUUAACUCCUGCUAAUGCCAGUUACCCACCUUGGCUGACAAUUGUCAGAAGCAUAUUAAUUAAAUGAAAUACUUUACAACCUCCUUAGUUCAGAAUAGAUUGAAAAUUAAAGACCGGAUUCUGCCCGUGGGCUCAGCGAUAGGACUCAUUGAAAUCAAUGGGCGUUUGGACACACGUAUCCAAGGACAGAAUGUGACCCUUCCAUGACAAACCAAUCAGCGCAACUUGCUUGUCCUAAUCAAUGUGCAAACAAGUGUGGCUGUCUCAUCGAUGGGGACAGAUGGUGAGCGCAUCCUAAUUGCCAUGCAGGGAAGUGGGUGAUGCCCUAACAUCAGGGCAUCUCCUGCAUUCAAAUUUUAGGCUGACAUUCAGGAAAACAUCCCUGUUCAAGACAACACUUAAGCAUGUGUUUAGGUCCCACUGAAGUCAAUAGAAUAUAAAGCACCUGCUUCUCUAUAUCUGGCCCAUAGUCAUUAACUGCUCCCUGGCUACAGAGACUUGGAGGUCUUGGAUGAAAGAAAGCUAAAGAUUUGAGGUUGAUGGGUGAGGAAUGGAGCUGGUGAAAGUUUGUCAACCCAAACAUUUUCCAUCGGAAAACCUGGUUUAGUUGACGUUGACAUUUUGGAGGGAAAAAUGUUGAUUUCAAUGAAUUUGGGUGAUUUGUUUUUUUUUUCCCGGACAGGAAAAUUCUAAAAAUAAUUUAUUUCAUUUCAGCUUCAAAUUUUUGUUGUUUCUUUUUUGGUCCCAGGAAACUGACCAAUUUCCCUUUUCAGUUUUUGGUUUUUCUGCCCUUCCCCCCUUUCUUUCCCAUAUUUACCUCUCCCCCUUUUUUUCCCUUUGGAAGAAGGCAGGAGAGGUGAAAAGAAUGUGAGAAAACGAGGGAGAACCCACUUCUCACAAUUUGUUUGGGUUUGUUUUGCAGCUGGAAAUAAUUAGAAAGCGCAAAGUAGGGCUUUCCCCCCCCCCCCCACUUCCUUUUGAAACCAAACCUUUCAUUUGGAAAUUUCCCAUGGAAAAUGGACAGUUUUCAACCCAGACAUACUCAGUGGGCAUUGACUGCAAGAAAGAAGGGGCGGCUCCAGGCACCAGCACGCCAAGCAUGUGCUUGGGGGGGCAAGCCACUGGGGGUGCUCUGCUGGUCACCGCGAGGGCAGCAGGCAGGCUGCCUUUGGCGGCGCAGUCCGCCGAAGCUGCGGGACCAGCAGACCCUCUGCAGGCAAGCUGCCGAAGGCAGCCUGCCUGCUGUGCUUGGGGCGGCAAAAUGCCUAGAGCCGCCCCUGCAAGAAAACUGCCAGUUUCUGACCAGCUCUUGUGAGAACAGCUUGCAGGGGGUCAGCACUGCUUUUGUCACUAGAGCAGGUUACAGGAAACUUCCCAUCCCUGUUGCUAUCAAUCCAGGACAAUGAUGUCUUGUCCACUCAGGCGGUGGGAGUGUGUUCCAAACCUCUCCAGGGUCUUUCCUGGUUAGGUUUCAGAUGAGUCUCUGAACCUGCUGGAAUCCCCUGCAUGAUCUGAGGGGCACCACCAGCCCAAGUGUUGCAGCAGCCACCCCUAUGUCAUUGGGUGAUGUUACCUCUUCAUCAAGUGGCAGUGUCACAUUCCCUUCCAGGCAGGUCAGCUGCUCCUCUUGUCUCAAGUACCAUAUCAUGGAAGACAGGGAACUGAAGUUUAGCUGUAUGUGUAGCUUGUUAGCCUGUUCCUUAACCAUCUGGCAAGGGCCCGGCUCCAGGCCAUGUGAUGUGAGUCUGAGUGUCUUUUGGUAGGUGGCGUGACCUGACCUGUUUGUGAAGUGGUUUUGCACUGUCCUGUCCUCUCACCUCAUGCCCCUAUUCCCCUUGGCCAGCCCCAAGGCUCCGUUUUGUAAAUACCAGUAGCAUAAAUCAAUGCAAAACAUCCUGCGUUGUCUCCUUUGUCCACAGGGGAGAACCUGGCUCUCUCAGCAGACCUAGUGAAGCUAAUGGGUAAGUGAGGCCCAGAGGGGUACAGCCACACAGGUUGUGCACAUGUGAAAUGCAAAGGCAUGAGGUGUGCACUUAGGAGACACAUAGACCUGAUGCACAGGUCAUGGGGUGGUGUCAUGACCACUCUGUCCACAAUGCUGCAGUAGCUGAUACAAGCUUAUUUCUAUGCACUCAGGUCACUUUAGAUACUUCCAGGUUAUGGGCUUCUCAAGAUCAUUUAAAACAGUUUUGCAGUUAGAGACUUAGCAGAUACUUAAUACACAAGUCACAUGCUAAUUGCUCGUUUUACACAGCUCAAGAACUCCACAGAGCAUACAGACCUUGGAGGCAUAACCUCGCCAGAAUCCUCUUGAUGCAAAAAUAUGGCCUGGGACGCAGCAUUCAGAAUCUCCAAAGAGAACGUAAGCCUUGCCAAAAGGCAGCUAGUAACAUGGCUGAUGUAUCUUAUUACAUAGGGUGUAUUUGCUACAGCAUAGGAAGAAUUGUGGCCUGUUCAGAACAAAACAGUGAAACAUGCACCUUCUGUAGCAUGUUAUGUAACAGCAACAGCAUAUGGUAACAUAGGAACAGCCUUGACAAGCGUGGUUAGUGUGUCUCAGCUUUGCCCCGCAGCAGUUCGGGGAAGCAAUGCAUCAUGCCUGCGACUUUUGGCCUCACAUAACUUGCUGUUUAUCGGCAGGCCUGAGACUCUAACAGCAGGCACUCCCACUGCUGUGCUCCGUUCUCAGAGAUGCUGGCCAUCUUGAACUGCCAGCUCAGCAGUUUUCAAUGCCUAUGCCGUCAUUCAGAUGUCAUUAACCCCAAGGGAAAGGGACCUUGAAUUCAGUGCUCAGAUAAGAUAUUAUUUGGGGUUAAUUCAUUGGGUUUGUUUUAAAAUAACUACCCACAACUCCUACCUCUCUCUUUUGCCUUUUCUCCAACCCCCACUCACCCACCCGCCCCCCACCACACACACUUCUGGGAUGUCACUGCAAAGAUGUUAGCAACGCCUUGAAUCAGCUUUACCGCUGGACUUGACCCAGACCUCAGCUUCACUGAUCGACAGUUAACCAAGCUGGUUCCAAUCUGUUCUCCGAAAAAAGAUACUGAAUCAGUGGAAAUUUGAACCACUGCCCUUGUGCAAUUUCCUACAGCUUUAAAGCUCAGUUCUGGUGACUUGAAACGACCUGCAAACAUUUUAAUGUUCCCCCUUUACAGGCUCUUUAAGGCAAAAGGCUCAAAUUCGGCCAUCUGAGGUCUAAUUUUGGUAUCAAACCUUCAUACCAAGGUACCAACAGAGCAGCUUUAGCAUGGACAGGCUAUGCCGAGGCCCUAGCUGUUGAUUGUACACGUUGGGUAUGUUCAGGAUAGCACGUCUCCUGGACACUCAGGUGAAUAUUUAAAUCCUGCACCACUUCAUCCCUCACCGACUGCUGCCAUGAAGUCCCAUAGCAUAGCCUCCAGGUUUUGAUGUAGGUUGCCUGGGCUGGCCACCAGAGGGUGACCUCAUUUCACAAUCGCCAAGAUACCGCUCUCUAUUUGGCCCUUAAUAACAAGGUAAAGUAUUAAAGGCAUAAUGCUCAUCCUUAGAGUUUGGGCUGCUUUGCGGAUCAGAACCUUAGAGCAGCAUACGUCAUGUCUCCCCUGCAGCGCCAAGGCCCAGUUCUGUAGAAAAGCCAGCUCCCUCUACCCUGACAUCUGUUCAGCAGUGGAACAUCCUCCUGGAUGGACUGUCUCUGGAUGACGGGGUUAGCAGGAUGAUUAGUGCUUUUCCUGAAUCUUUUACCUGACCCCUGGCGUACGGCUGGCUGGCUGAUUUGUACUUCCCAUGUUGCAAAUCCUUUUAUCCAGUGUAAAAACCCAUGACUAUGCUGAAAUACUUCACAUUUAGGCAAUGCCAAGGGCACCAGAGCCUUUUACAAACACUAUCUCAGCCUCACAGUCCCUUGUAAGAGGGGUAAGGAUGAUGAUCUCCAUUUUACAGGUGGAGAAAAUGAGGCACGGAGGUUAAGUGACUUGCCUACGGUCACCUGAAAAGCCUGUGCCAGAGCCAGGAGUAGAACCUGGGAGUCCUGACUCCCAGCCCCCCUGCUCUAAACACUAGCAAAUACUGCCUCACAUACUGUAAGACAAGGUGGCAGUUCUCCAACCACCCUGUUGUCAUCUGAUCUUGGACUCAGCCCCUGUUGCCAGGGAUGCAUUGACCCCACACCCGUGCUCAAAUCUGAGUUCUCUAUAACUGUAUUGCUGCUGGUGAAGUGUAUGAUGUAAUUUAGCUGUCAAAUUAACCGGGUGGCUUUAUGCAGUCUGCUGUGGUUCGAGUGACAUGGCUGGCGAUUGUCCUCGGGAUCCUCAAGUGCCUAUGGACGUGACCUCAUGCUCUAGCAUACAAAGUGACUGUGGUGCCAGUGACAUUGUCCCGCUCAUUGAAGACCUGUUGCCUUGCGCUCACUUUCCUGAUAUAUAGCAACAUCACCUCGUUCAGUGAGCUUUGAUUUUCA